GGAAAACAAAGGUAGAGGGUAAACCUAUAUAAUGAAUCGAGCGACUAUAAUAUUCAUAGUUUUGUACGUGAUGGAGAAGUAUCAGAUACGUGUAUUUCUUAAGAGAGAGAAGAUAGUUCGCAAUUUGUAAGAUCAAAUUUGUUAUUAAUAAUUAUGUAGAUGAUAUGAUAAAUUAACUUGACUCACUCCACUCCUUAUUUCAUAUUUAUUUAGACGGUUAGACUUAUUUUUUCAUAAAUUAACAGUUAUCGUUAAGCUAAAAAAAGAAAUAUGCAAAGCACUGAAAGAACCAUAAAUGUCUUUUAAAUGACAUAAAGACCUAAUAAAGACCUACAAGUCUAAAAUCUAGUAAAAAGCCUAAAAUUCUAAUGAAUAGGAUGAUACACCUAAAAGUGAAAUAGCCUGUGAAAUAGCCUUUUAUAGUUAUCACUAGUCGAAGGGUCUAGAAUGUUUCUUCCAUGUAAUAUUAGAGUUAAUUGUAUGUAUGAGGAUGCUAUAAAGGAGACUUAAUCACCCAGUGAGAUGAAAUCCAAAUUUUAAUUUUAGAAGACAGCAAAAAUUGUGUGUGUGCUCUGUUGGAAGAAAUUAGUGCAUGUAUAUUUUAGAAUGUGCAAAUUACCAUGUAGAACACAGAUGUUGUCUAAACCUUUUUUUUUUCAUGCAAUAAUUUAAGGCUGCAUAACUUUAGAAGACAAUUAGAAGAAUAUGUAAAUCUUAGUUGAUGUUUUUUGAAGUAUGUUGAUCAUUGCAUUGGCCACGUGGGCCUGUUAGCAACAUUGGCCGCCAACAACAUGUGGUAAAGGGGUAGGGCUACAUAUGUGUCAGUUUUGGUAGAUCUGCCUUGAGUAAUACUUCUCUAAUGCCAAGUGGUUUAAACACACUUAACAAGGGUCACUUUGACAACAUAGGAAGAUACGGGCAAAAAAUCAAUAGCAUCAUUUAGUUUUUAUUAAUGGAACUGAGUUGAAGCAAAUCUGUUCAGUGUUGCACAAGUGGCAUAAUGUUCAGUUAGAAGUUAAUAAGUCCAAAAUUUGAACUUGACAGGAUUAUAUAUGCACUGAUCAAGAUAAAAAUUUUAAAACCUUGCCGUAGGCAAUUACCCCAUGUAUUAACUAAACUGUACAUUACAUAUUUCAACUUCCAUUGUCAGAUAUCUGAACAAAUGACUUAUUUAAAAGAUAACCAGAUGUUCACCGAAAUUAAUGCAGCAAUGCUGGUAUUUGUUUUAAAUUGAAAAUUUGAUUCAAGUGGAAUUUUCUGUGAUCUGGAAUCUUCCACGUUUGCAGUCAGAUCUUGUAUUAAGUUAUGUACAUUAAUAGUUUGUCGACUACAUGCAGGCGGUAAAUAACAUGUUAUUGCAAUGAACCAUUAAUGAGUUUACAACUAGACAUCAGUAAAAAAACUUGGGCAUGUUAAUUCAUUCCUGUUUUAUUACAAGGACUUGAUAUUGCUCUUAGAAUGACUUUAUGAGUGUGUCAUGUGAAUUCAGAGUAACUUGACUUUUUGUCCAGUUUCCUCUACCGAUAAAGCUGACGGCUGUCGUAAGUGAAAUAUUCUUGACUAUGAGCACAAUAAACAUGAAUCAGAUAUAUGCAUAAAGCAAAUAGGGAAAAAUGCCUGACAUUAUAUAUUGUUGAACUGUUCCUUACAUAAUAACUUGGAGUAUUAUGUGCUCAUAUUCGACCAGAUAGUAUGAAAAUGUACAGUUCUAGAUAGGUCUAGCUUUUUUCUUUUCCAGUGUAGAAUGUAGACAUAAAUUUGCUAGAUUCCAUCAGUGCAGAACGUGAUAUUAUAGCAGUUCUGCAUUGUUUAGCAGAAUAAUCAAUAGAAUGGGUAGAAACUGCGUAGUGGCAGACUGUUUGUAUCGAUCGUGGCUUGCAGGCUUGAGUACAGAUAUGCUGUCGUGGUCUGACUGUCUUUCAGGGUAGGGGAAUUUCCAGCUACUAUAAAUAGCUGUUACUGGUUGUUUGUCUACACUGGUAUAUAUAUACAUGGUGGUGGGUGAGUCAGUGUUGGGAUGAGUCACCACAUCACGGGAUACUCCUUAUGAGAUAUAUAUAACAUUGGUGGCCUAGCCCGAACUCCAGUUCAGUGUUAUUUCACAAUACCAGUGGCCUGACACUUUUGUUUGUUGAGUAUGUAGGGCAUAACAUGACAGAUGGUUUCAUGGCUAAUUUAGUACACAUCCUACAUAUACAUGUACUUACAGUACCAUAUCAUAAAAACUGUAAAUAAGAUCCAAAGUACAUCAUAGUGGUGACACUUCCAGUGAAGUUAUAAAGUUGUCAAAGAGGGAUAUACAGUCAGAAAAGAAGUUGUAAACAUAUUUAGCAGAACUUGUGCAAUAUGAUUUACAUGUUCAUGAAUUUAUAAAUUCAACAUUUGCCAGAAGGAAAAGAAAAAAAAACGAAACCUUAGACACCCAAAUUUUAUUUGCUUUAUCAUAAUAGAUCAAUCUAUGCAUAUUGUUGACAAAACACAUUGUACAAAGUUUGAAUCAGUUUUGCUUCGCAGUUUAAUUUGCUUGGCUGGUUCAGUUUAUUGAAUUAGUUGAAAGCAUCCUUAUAAUCUUGAGACUAAAUGACGAAAUUUUCAUAUAGUUUAUUUGACAUCAGAUUUAGUCCAUGACAAAGUUCGACAUUGUUUUUCAUAUUGAGAGUUUUAUUGAUCAGAGGAAGGUUUUAAGGGGUUUGCUUCAAUGGUUUGGAGACAUCUUACUGGCAAAAUAAAAGUUUCAAUACAAAAAGUAAUAUUUUAUGACCUUUACAUGUUUGUCAAAUUGGAAUCUAAAAAUACAUUACACAUUAUGACAAAGUGAUAAGGGAUAAAUCUACAAUUAUAGAAUUAGAUUAUGACAAUUACAGGUGAGGCCUUGUUUUGAGAAGAUGCAAUUUUGAAAAAUUAUCUUAGUAAAACACCAACAGAAAUUUAAGUCAUCACAUUUUGAAUGGUAUUAAGUGAAGUGGACGAAUGGUGUUCUUGUUUCAACUGAGCUUUAAACAGGAAAAUAUAUCUUGGUCACUAAUGCAUGUGGUUAUAUCAUGCCAAAGUCAACAAGUGCUGGCAUAGUUUUUCUCUCUAUUAUACAUAUAAAAAUAUAAUACAUGUAUGUAACAAACUGACUCAUGCAGUUUAUCAGUCACAAGGUCUGGGAAAACUUCCAAAUUGAUCUGUAAAGGUUGAACAUUUUCAAGGAAUCUACCUACAGUUUUUGCAAAGAAUGUACAUAUUGUAUCCAGUUGAUAACAAAUUAAGUGUAUUAAUAAUACUGCUACAUUGUCUUAUCAAAUGGUGAUCUCUGAGGCGUCCUUGGCUUAUGGUUAGAGCAUCCAGGUCAAAGUCGGAAGACCUAGGAUCAAACCUGGGUCGGGUUAUACCAAAGAUUUGUUAUGGUACAUGUACUUGUUGCUGGCUUGCAGGAGAUUAGCACUGAGGAGCAAAGAAACAAGACUGGUUGGCCCAGUGUCAGUAUAACAUGACUUGAUGUGGCAGCACUUUGGCAGUAAGGGUUCGACAUACCACAAGAAGGCACACUACAUACUGUAUGUAUACACACACACCUAAUGAUUCCUCCUCAUCAUAUCGUCAAUGUUAAGUACAACCUAAAGCCGCUAGCAUACAUUUAUACAUUCUUAUCAACUGGUAAAUUUAUUGUAAAACAGGAAACCAAUAAAAUUUUGUAUUUAGAGUGUAUGCAGGGUUCAAAAUAUUUGAUAUUUUGAGCUUUUCGGAGUAAUGACCUCAUCCAAUAUGAAUAAAUCAUUGGAUUCAACUUAUAGUCUUGCAAAACAGCAUUAAACUGGAUAAAAUACAACAAACAAUAAUCUGUGUUUGAAAUUAUGAAAUUUCUUUUAGCAUUGUACAGAGUAAUCUUUUUGAGAUUUGGCUCAAUAUAAGAUCAUCAUUUUUAUUCUGAGCUUUUUAUUAUUUUGAACUAUUGAAUGACCAAACAUCUUGAGAUUUGCAUGUUUAGCCAUACUGGAAUCAAUUACACUUUUUUUGAUUCCAUUCAUAUUUCAAAAAUGGCAACAUAAUUAUAUCUUAUAAAAAUUAUAGAAAUGGACAUUGUACUGACGUCAUUGUCCCACUACAGAUAGUUCAUAGGUGCCAGUCUGCACAACACUUAACAUACAAACUCUAAUCCAGUCUGUUCCAGGUAAGCAUAAUCUUAACUCCAGAUCAUGGUGUUCUGGGACCCAUAGAAAGUACUUGAUGUAUUAUUACAUGAAAUGUACUUGCUGAGAUAUGGCUUGUGUUGGUCAAGAUUGCUGCGACAGCAGUUUUACCGACAGGUGUAUUGUAUCACCUGUAAAGACAGAGCGGAUGUAAUAAACAGCCUGUUGUUUGUUUCAGGAUUGGAGGUUUGCCUGUGAUAAAGAAGCAGCCAAGAGAAUGGCAGGCAACUCUUCGUCCUCGACAAGCAUUCCAUAUUCCACAGGAUGUGUGACCACUUCGACCAGUGCUGGCAACAGUGGUGAUGACACUACUGACCCCUCCGACUUGUUUGCUGACCAUGUGACUACAUUCCGCCGCGCAUGUUCUGCCUGGUCGGAUGAGGAGACAAGCAGCACAGAUAGACAGGUUUUUUUGUCUGUGGUGUGGCAACAUGGCAACUUGGGUGCUGCUUAUUAUGACAUUGAAGACUCAGUGAUAUGCAUGUUGCAUGACUGUGAAGAAUCCACAGAGUUCAACACACUUCGCCGAGUUUUGGAGCAGGUUGAGCCCACUUGUAUUGUGAUUAGUGCAAGACAGGAUAACAGAUUCAGAAAAGAUCUCCAGUUAACAGUGUCAGAGAUACUGCUUGGUGACCAGACGUCUUCUGGCGAUGUUAUCCAGAUUUUGCCUAGUCUCGACUUUUCUUUAGAAAUUUGCAAGGGAAGGAUCAUGGGUUUGAAAUUACCCUCAAUGCCUGAAAACAUGAAGGAGUCUGAGAGAUUACUUCAUUUGUCAUCACUUGUAUCUUUUGAUAACAUUUGCAUGGUCCAAGCAACUGGUGGUCUGUUGAAAUACCUGGAAAUGGCGCGGAUUGGGGUUGAGUUAGAAGAUCCAAAUGUUAAAGUACCUUUAAUAGACCUCACAGUCUUUUCCUUGUAAGUAACCUGUAUUCAGUAUAAUGGGCUUGCUACAAGGAUGGAAGGACAGCUAUGGUAUUUGAAAUAUGCCACAGAUAUAGUUUUUUGGAUUGAAAUCUGAAAAGUUCUAUAACUGAUUUAGUCGUGGGACUGAAAAAAUUCACUUGCAUUUCUAAGAAAUGUAUACCUAUAUGAGCAAAAAUAGUACUGUAAAUCAUCAAACUUUUCAACUGCAUAAGUGCUAUUUUCAGUGGAAAUCAUGCAUACAAUUAUUGUGAAAAUGAUGCUAAUGAUGAUUUGUGUUAUUAAAGCUGCAAUAUUCAUAAAACUUUGCACAUUUUUUUCUACACCCCAUAGUUCUCUCAAAAUGUUUCAAAAUUUGGGUUCAAGAGGCAUUUGAAAAUGUUGAAAAAUUAGUUUUAUGUAUUUAUUUAUUUGAUUGGUGUCUUACACCGUACUCAAGAAUAUUUCACUUACACGACGGCGGCCAGCAUUAUGGUGGGAGGAAACUGGGUUGAAGAAUUAGGGUAUGUGAUAUUUGUAAAUGCAAAUAACACUAAGACUGUGUAUAAGUAAUUUGACAUGAUAGGAAAUAUGAUGACAUUUAUCAUCAUGAAUUACUGAAUAGAGAGACUUGACAUGCAUUUUAAAGUCUCAGAAGACAGGGAAUUUGCACAGGAAUUUACGAGGCUGAGGCAUGAUUGAGGAUUUUUAAUUGAGAACUACUGUGUGUUUGCUUUGUUAGUGUGAAUGCUUGCAUUUUAUAAUGUAUAGCAGAAAUUGUGGAAGGAGGACCAUGCUUCCAGUGUUUAGUCAUGUGUACUUCCCCUCAAUUGUCCCUCUUUACCACCGCUGUAAAUCUGUAGACAUUAGGCAAAUACCUGGGCAAAUAUUGUCAGUUGCACGAUGUCACACGUCCGUUAAAUAUUUGAGAAGAAAUCUGGCAGAGAUCAGCUGGUGGCCUGUUGUGGGGAUCAGCAACUGACAGAGCAGUCUGUCUUGAUGUAGGCCUCCUUGGAGCCGAUGAGAAACGAUUUCACGAUCAAGACGCCUCAGAAAAGGCAGGGAUUUGUGGUAUGCUGGCUAAAUAAAGAGGAGAUAAAUACAUGUAGCUUCUGUGUGAUGUAAGGGAAAAUGCUGACAAUUUCGGCUCUAAUGGUGUGGAAGAUUUCUUCAGUGGCUAUUCCCUGUAUAUAUACGUAUGUUUGUCAACAAAAGAACAUGCUUCCCUGUCAUGCCUCAAGGCACAUGGACUGAUUUCACUGUGAAGGAGUUUUUCACUGGUCUCUAGAGGCUCAACUGUGAGCUUAGAGUUCUGGCUAGACAAUUACCUUUAUACCCUGUCAGGUCCUGGUGCCUGGUUGUUUAUAUAGUUCCAUUCGGUCAGACAAAAUUUUGUUUAUCAGUUACAUUUAUUUUUGAAUUUUUGUAUUUAUCUUAUAGGAUAAUCUUUGAACACUUGACAUAUGUCAGUCUGUCCCUGCUUGUGUCUGUGAGCCGUACUUUCAUGACAGCUGUGGGAAAUUAACAUAAAAUUUGCUUUAAUAGAUGACAUACCUGUUGUCAAACAGCCAUAAUUUUGUUGAAAAUGGAUGUAACCAGCCCUGAACUUGAAUUUGUAACUCUUCAUGGUGAAACUAUGUAUCAAGUUUCAAUUCAAUACAUUUCCUCCAUAGAACUGACCUUCAGGGAACUAUAAACAUUUCUCAGAGUAAUUUUGGAAUAAAUUAUACUUGAAAACUAGAAUUAACGUACAUGUAUGGCGUACACUUAAUAUGGCAUGCAUCUGAAAAAGCUGAUAAAGAGAG